AAAGAAGCUGCUUCGAGAAAACACAAGAACCCGUCUGGCCUUUUCGAUCCAUCAUCCAUCCACCCGCCCCCAAGUUAUCUCGUGCCGUCUUCUCUUCUCCCCUCCCGCAUCCGGUAGCAGCAAAGCACUCCGCGUCUCCCCCUUCACCCCGCCCGCAUGGCUGCUCUCCUUCGCACGGCGGCCGCCCUUGCGCCCCGCCCUUCCCCUGCCCGUGACUCCCCGCGCCGGCCGUGCCCCGCGUCCCUCGCCUGCUCCCGCCGCCCGCCGGUGCGGUCGCUCCGCGCCCAGUUGCUCACGACCCGGCGCGCUCCGGGCCACGUUGCGAGCCGGCUGCGGCGAUUGGGGGCUACGGAGGCCGACGAGUCUGCGCAGACGGCCACGCAGGAGGAUACAGAAACUGAAGUUACUGAGGACACUGUUGCUGACGAUGGUUCUGUGGGCACAGAAGAGACUCCCUCUGUUCUCAUCAUAGCAUUGCAAUCAUACAAAGAGGCUUUGAUGAAUGAUGAUGAAGCAAAAAUUGCAGAGAUAGAGUCCUUUUUACUUUCUAUUGAGGAUGAGAAAAUUUCUCUAAUGAGCAAAAUCACUGCUUUGGAUGCAGAAUUGACAACUGAGAGAGAUCGUAUCUUGCGUAUUAGUGCUGACUUUGAUAACUACAGGAAAAGGACAGAAAGAGAGAAGCUUUCUUUGAUGACAAAUGUUCAAGGAGAAGUUGUUGAGAGUUUGUUGCCUGUUCUUGACAACUUUGAAAGAGCAAAAACACAGAUAAAGGUGGAAACAGAGCGUGAAGCUAAAAUAAAUGACAGCUACCAGGGCAUUUAUAAGCAGCUUGUCGAAAUUCUGAAUUCACUGGGCGUUGAAGAUGUGAAAACUGUUGGCAAACCUUUUGAUCCUAUGCUUCAUGAGGCUAUUAUGCGAGAAGAAUCAGUGGAGUAUGAAGAUGGGGUCGUGCUCCAAGAAUUCCGGAAGGGUUUCAAGCUUGGCGAGAGACUAUUACGUCCGGCGAUGGUCAAGGUGUCUGCAGGACCAGGCCCUGAGAAGUCGGGAGAUGACGAUACUACAAUAGGUGAAGAUAGUGUAGGGCCUCAAGCGGUCGACGACGGUGAAGACGAUGGUUUUGAUGAUGCUGAUGCCGAGUAACUAGGCUCGGUCUCUAAUUUGGAAACAAGGAAUUCCAGAAGUUUUGAUAUUUUUUCUGGAGUGUGCCACAUGAUAGAGUUAGAUAUUCUGCUCCUCAAAUGUGCCGGUUCUCUCUUCCUGCUCUUGACGUGGAAGUGUUGAUAAUUGUGUUUCUAUAUCCUCAUGGUACGGUCAUUAUCAUGGUUAGGAAUUAUUGUUGAGUCAAGCAACAACAAAUGUUAUAUAUAUGUACGAGGUAAAUUGUGUUUGA